AUGUCCCGGGGUCCGGUUCUCGCACUGCCGCUGCUGCUGCUACUGCUGGCAGCUGUGAUCGGCCGUGCAGCGGGGCAGUACAACUGCACAUGCCCGACAAACAAGAUGACCGUGUGUAACCGGGACAGCCAGACCGGCCGCUGCCGGUGCACGGUGAUCGGCACCAACCACGAAGUCAACUGCUCCACCCUGACCUCCAAGUGCCUGCUGCUCAAGGCGCGCAUGCAGCCUUCCAGGGGCGGCCGCAAGUUGGUGCAACCGAGCAAGCACGCGAUCGUGGACAACGACGGCCUAUAUAACCCUGACUGCGACCGAGACGGCCGCUUCAAGGCCCGCCAGUGCAACCAGACGUCGGUGUGCUGGUGCGUGAACUCGGUGGGCGUGCGCCGCACCGACAAGGGCGACCAGAACUUGCACUGUGAGGAGCUGGUGCGCACGCACAACAUCCUCAUCGAGCUGCGCCACGACCCGGACGCCCAGGCCUUCAACCACUCGGAUCUGGACGCCGAGCUGCGGCGGCUCUUCCGUGAGCGCUACCUGCUGCACCCCAAGUUCCUGUCGGCGGUGCACUACGAGAAGCCCACCAUACAGAUCGAGCUGCAACAGAACGCGUCCCAGAAGGACGCCAACGACGUGGACAUCGCUGAUGCCGCCUACUACUUCGAGAGGGACGUCAAAGGCGAGUCGCUUUUCUCUGGCCCCGGUGCCUUCGACGUGCGCGUGCGUGGGGAGCCCCUGAACGUGGAGCGGACACUCAUCUACUACCUGGACGAGAAGCCACCCCAGUUCUCCAUGAAGCGCCUCACAGCUGGUCUCAUUGCUGUCAUUGUGGUGGUCGUGCUGGCCAUAGUCGCUGGGGUGGUUGUCCUGGUAAUCACCAACCGGAGGAAGUCAGGGAAGUACAAGAAGGUGGAGAUCAAGGAGCUGGGGGAGUUGAACAAGGAGCCCAGCUUGUAG